AUGAGAUCCCUCAUAAAUAUCUAUGUCUUAACUUGUAUCUUUACAUUCACGCUAUGGAAUAAUAUUCAGCCUACUGUAGAAGCUGAAUUUAUUGCAAAUUAUUCAAGCAGUUUGCUAACUAAUGUUCCAAAAAACAUUCCAGUCUGUACUCAAGUAUUAGAUUUAUCACAUAAUAGGAUCUCUGGACUUACUAUUUCAGAAUUUAUUAAUCUUUCUGACCUUCAAGUAUUAAAUCUUUCUCAUAAUCUAAUUGCAGUGUUUGACUUUAGUGUCUUCAUUUUUAAUGAAAAUUUAGAAUACUUAGAUUUAUCUCAUAAUAACAUUUCAAAAGUUUCCUGCCUAACUCUUGCAUAUCUUAGACAUUUAGAUCUUUCUUUCAAUAAGUUUACUGCCCUGCCCAUCUGUCAGGAAUUUGGGAACAUGUUUCAUUUGGAGUACCUUGGGUUAAGUGCUACGAUGAUACGAACGUCAGACUUCAGGUAUAUCAAACAUUUGCAGCUGCACACUGUCUUCCUGAACUUGGGAAACUUUUCGCUGUAUGAGCCUCAUAGUCUGACAGUCUUGACUACAAGGAACCUCCACAUUGCUUUUGCAGCAAACCAAAACUUCAUUUUUUCCCUCCUGUAUGAUGGAAUGAGCACUUCAGAAAACUUAAAAAUAGUUAACUUAAGAUAUACCUUGAGUUACAAAGAUUUUCCCUCUCCAUCUUUAAUGCUUCUGAAGAAAAUCAAGACAACAACUCUCAUACUUGAUGCUGUGGAUUUACAAUGGGCUAUCAUCCUGCAAAUUUUCAUGCUUAUUUGGUAUUCACCUGUGGAACAUUUGAUUGUGAGAAAUUUGACUUUUAGGGGACCACUGGAGGAGCUGACUGAAUAUGCAUUUCUACCCCUAUUAAGCUCUGUGGAAAAAUUAAUCUCUUUGGAAGGCUCCAUGAAAGCAUUAACUUUGGAGCAUGUUCGUAAUAAGGUUUAUUAUUUCAACCAGGAGAUUCUAUACAGACAGUUUUCAGAGAUGAAUAUCGCCAAUUUGACAAUAGCUGAUGCAUAUAUGCCACACAUGCUUUGCCCCAACAGGACAAGCUCAUUUCAGUAUUUAAAUUUUUCACACAAUGCCCUGACAGAUGAGUUGUUCCAGAAUUGUGGCACUCUUGGGGAUCUUAAAUUACUUAUUUUGCAGAAGAAUAAAUUUGAGAGCCUUCUCAAAGUAAGCUUCAUGACGAGCCGUAUGAAGUCCCUGAAAUACCUGGACAUGAGCAACAACCUGCUGCGCCACGACGGAGCCGGCAUGCAGUGCCAGUGGGCCGAGUCUCUGGCAGAGCUGGACCUGUCCUCCAAUCAGUUGGUGGAUGCUGUGUUUGAGUGCUUGCCAGUCAACGUCAAAAAACUCAGCCUACACAACAAUCAGAUCAGCCAUGUCCCCAGCAGGGUGGCGGAGCUGAAAUCCUUGGAGGAGCUGAACCUGGCAUCGAACAGGCUGGCCGACCUGCCGGGCUGCAGCGGCUUCACGUCCCUGCAGUUCCUGAACGUGGAGAUGAAUUCCAUCCUCACCCCAUCUGCUGACUUCUUCCAGAGCUGCCCGAGGGUCAGGGAGCUGCAGGCCGGGCACAACCCGUUCAAGUGUUCCUGUGAGCUGCAAGCCUUUAUCCGGCUGGAGAGGCGCUCGGGGGGGAAGCUGUUUGGCUGGCCGGCAGCCUACGUGUGCGAGUACCCAGAGGGCUUGCGAGGGACAGAGCUCAAGGACUUCCACCUGAGCCCGCUGGCUUGCAACACGACGCUGCUGCUGGUGACAGCUCUGCUGCUGACGCUGCUGCUGGUGGCUGUGGUGGCCUUCCUGUGCAUCUACCUGGAUGUGCCGUGGUACGUGCGGAUGACGUGGCAGUGGACUCAGACGAAGCGCAGAGCUUGGCACAACCGCCCCGCAGAUCAGGAGGCCGUUCUGCAAUUCCACGCAUUCAUUUCCUACAGCGAGCGCGAUUCGCCGUGGGUGAAGAACGAGCUGAUCCCGAACCUGGAGAGGGGGGGUGCCGUGCAACUGUGCCAGCACGAGAGAAACUUUAUCCCCGGCAAGAGCAUUGUGGAGAACAUCAUUAACUGCAUUGAGAAGAGCUACAGGUCGAUCUUUGUGUUGUCUCCCAACUUUGUGCAGAGUGAGUGGUGUCACUAUGAGCUGUACUUUGCCCAUCACAAGUUGUUCAGUGAGAAUUCCAACAGCUUAAUCCUCAUUUUACUGGAGCCCAUCCCUCCGUACCUUAUCCCUGCCAGGUAUCACAAGCUGAAAGCUCUCAUGGCAAAGCGCACCUACAUGGAGUGGCCGAAGGAGAGGAGCAAGCGCGCCCUAUUCUGGGCUAACCUCAGGGCAGCCAUUAGCAUUAACCUGCCAAUAUCCAGUGAAGCAAAUGAGUAG